ACCUGGAAUAUGAAGGAAGGGCUUGCACUUAACUAAGAAUAUGUGCAGAAUAUGUUCGUUUGUGGCAGUCUUACGUGAGUACGUGGUGAAAAACAACCUACAAGGGGAUAGUUUUUAAAAUGCCUUUAGUGUAUACACGAUAAUGACGACAAAUAUAACAAUAACUAUAGUGACGACAAAUUGAGAAAUAUAGUAUUUACCAAGGAUUUAUCAUUUUAAAAUUUGUCCUUCACUUUUUUGUUUUGUCCCUCGAUGAUAAACACAUUUACGACACUUAAAAGAAAAAUUUCAAAUCCAAACGCGCCAAAAAUAUGGAAAAACUCCCAGGUUAAUCGUCAUCUGGCGAAGCAACUCAUUACGUCAGUUGAAAGCCGCUACUUGUCUUUAUGUUCUUAUUAGAGUAAUUUAUUUAACUGGAAAAUGGACGAAGCUCGAACUGUUUGGGUCGGUAAUAUUGGGGACCAAGUGACUGAGGAAUUGCUCUACGAAAUUUUUCUACAAGCUGGACCGCUGGAGAGGGUGACGGUUCGAAGCCACCAAGGCGGCACUGGCUUUGGAUUUGUUACAUUUAAGCAUGAGGGCUCCGUUCCAUACGCUCUUCAGCUGUUUGAGGACCUACAACUGUUCGGGCUCAAUCUGAGCAUUAAGCCUAGAGUAGGGGGCGGUCAGAGCAGGCAGAAUUCCAUGCGAAGAAGUGGAGGUGGUGCUCAAUCAAACGAACAUAAGAGGUUCGAGUCGAUGGAUUUAGUGAAACAAUUAGACUUGGAAAAGCUGGGCCAACAGAUGAAUGUUGGAUAUUCGGAUUAUCCAGAAUCAUAUGACGAAUCUGUCGGCUACAGUGAUAUUUCUAAUGGACGAAAUACAUUUGUUGACGAAGAUAGGGAAAGAAGUUAUCGGCAUUUCGAUAGACCGACACAUGGUAAACAGCAUAGGAAUGAUCAGAAGACGCACCACAAAAGGGAGAAUUAUAACAGGAACAGGGGCAGGAGGUAUCCGCCCUAUUAGGGGGUUUAUCAGCAUUGUAUAUAUGUAUAAUAGUUUUUUAAUGCUCGGAGUAAUGUCGGAGUUAUACAUAAAUGCCAUGUUGAUAAGUAUUUUUUUAAAUAAAAUAUUUAAAAGUUUUAUAUUUUUGCCUGUUUACUCAAAUUUAAGCGGGUAUAUAAAUUUCAUUUUUUUAUAGUGAUAGGAGAAACUAAGACAAAUAUUUACAUUAAAAACAAAUGUUUUUUCUUACCUUUUAUGUUUUAUACUGAAAGUUUGAGCAACAUUUAAUGUAACCCAUUUAGUUUUAGACUGUUUAGAUUUUUAAGAGUGAUUUAAAGCAAUUGUGCAGUGAAAUUAAAGCAAUAAAAUAUA